GGGACAACAACAAUACUGAGCCUUGUUCGGUUGGCCUCCUUCUAUUUGAUCGUCGGCAAGCACAGAGGAUAGGGAAUAGGGGAAUAGGGGACUAAGGGACCACGUCCCCUCUUUCCAACCCAGAUUUAUCUAGAUCAGGCUAGUGCGGGGUAGUAAUCGAUUAUCAGCCGAAUUCGGUCUUCCAAUUUUUAUAUUUUUUCCUUCGUCAUCUCCAGGAGAAACAUACCUAGCCUUCGAGGGAACUUGGAGAUCGUAAGACACCUAACCAUUGUCCUUAGUCUUAGAUUUCCACCAUGUCGAACGGAACCAAUGGCGAGACGACAGAUGCCAGCUCGGACGAUCGCAAUGCCUCUCAAAGGUAUUUGAGUACUAGGGGCGAGGACUAUGAUUUUUCCUUUGAAGAGGUUGUUCUAAAAGGUCUAGCCAACGAUGGCGGGCUUUACAUUCCGGAGGAGAUCCCUUCGGCGAGCGAUUGGCAGAGCUGGAAAGACUUAUCCUUUCCAGACCUUGCCCUCGAGAUCCUAUCUUUAUACAUAGCGCCGUCUGAAAUUCCACGCGAUGACCUAAAGGGAAUCAUUGACAGGAGUUAUUCGACCUUUCGUGCCCCUGAAACCACACCGCUACGACAUCUUCACGAUAACCUAUACCUACUAGAACUUUUUCACGGCCCUACGUUCGCCUUCAAGGAUGUCGCUCUCCAAUUUCUAGGUAACCUCUUCGAGUACUUCCUAGUACGAAAGAACGAGGGAAAGACGGGCGCCGACCGACACCACCUCUCUGUAGUAGGCGCCACAAGCGGUGACACUGGCUCGGCAGCCAUCUACGGACUACGAGGAAAGAAGGACGUAUCGGUCUUCAUCCUUCAUCCCAAAGGCAGGGUUAGCCCUAUUCAAGAAGCACAAAUGACCACGGUGUUGGAUGCAAACGUGCACAAUUUGGCAGUGAAGGGUACAUUCGACGAUUGCCAGGACAUAGUGAAGGCUUUAUUUGCCGACCCCGACAUUAACUCGACGCUUAAUCUCGGCGCAGUAAACUCGAUAAACUGGGCAAGAAUUCUCGCCCAGAUCGUUUAUUAUUUCUACUCUUACUUUUCGCUUGUAAAGUCGUCUGGUCUGACUAUUGGCGAAAAAGUCCGCUAUGUUGUACCCAGCGGUAAUUUCGGUGAUAUCUUGGCCGGCUAUUUUGCACACAGGAUGGGUCUUCCCGUGGAAAAAUUGGUAAUUGCGACAAACGAGAACGAUAUCCUUGACCGAUUCUGGAAGACCGGAAAAUAUGAGAAAAAGCCCGCCCGUGGUCCGGAAGCGCAAGGCGGUCUGGCGGUCGAUGGCGUCAAAGCUCACGAAGAUGGGGUCAAGGAAACGCUGAGCCCCGCGAUGGACAUCCUCGUCUCGAGUAAUUUCGAACGAUUGCUUUGGUUCCUAGCUUACGAGUUUGCUGCCGUUGCCGGUAUGGAUGCUGAGUGGAACAGGAAGCAAGCUGGUCAGGAGGUGGCCGCAUGGAUGAAACAACUAAAGACGAGCGGUGGUUUUGGCCCAGUCUAUCGGGACGUACACUCCAGUGCUAAGCGCGACUUUGAAAGCGAACGGGUGAGCGAUUCGCAAACGAUCGAUACAAUUAAAAAUUACUUUAAGAAGAUCGAAUACGUCCUGGAUCCUCAUACCGCGGUAGGUGUAGCCGCAUCAUUGCGGUCAUUAGGGCGUUCCAGGGUUCCUCACAUCUCGCUUUCAACCGCCCACCCGGCCAAGUUUGCCGGCGCGGUUGACCUUGCGUUGAAAGAUGAGCCCGGCUUUAACUUCGAGGAGAAUGUUCUGCCGCCAGAGUUUGUGGGCCUAGAGGCAAAAGAGAAGAGAGUCACGGAAGUAGAGAACGACUGGCAGAAGGUCAGGGAGAUUGUAAAGAAGCAAGUGGAGGAAGAAUUAAAGGGUCAGGCAUAGGGGCGGCGUUUGGAAUUAAAUUUGAUUUCUGCAUUGUGGCAUUCUAGAUACUUGCAUUGGGCUCACUCGCUUGCAUAGCUGCUCACGAUACGUGGGUUGCUUUAUAUGAAUUGAUAUCCUUGAAACUUAUAUCAACUGACGAUGAGAAUCACAGCUUAGUUAUAACAUCUACCUAC